GGGAAUGGAAACUCUUUAUGUCACCACCAGAGCCGAGCGCACAUAAAACACCGCCCUGAGAGGAGAAAACUUUUAGUUUUGCAAUCCGCUGUGAAGACCUUAAAGCGCAGAGGUUUUAAAAAUAGAAAACACGUCUAAGAAACAUUCUGCUACAUUGUAAACACAAUGGACGUCGAGGCCAAGAGAAUCAUGGCUGUUUCUAUUAGUAAACUGUAUUCAUUAAGGACGCAGCGCGGGGGACUGUGUCUUCACCGGAGUCUCCUGCUCUCCAUGACCAUGAGAGCCGCGCGGGACAUCUACCACACCGCGCAGCUGCUCAGAGACGCGGAGGAGGAACAGGUCGUCCCCUGCGCUCCCGACGCGGCCAUAGAGGAGCCCAUGGAGAUAAGCAAAGACUCUCCAAAGACUUUAACUCCUAAGGAGGUCGCAAUGAAACAUCAAGAACCCAAAGAGAAUGUGGAGGACGACAAAGAGAACCAAUGCGCUUCUGAGCGGCACUCCAGGAAGCGCCGCAGUAAGACAGCGAUCGAGCCUGACUUUCUACCUCUGAAGAAGGCAAAAAUGGACACGGAUGAGGAGAAGCAACAUCUCCAGGGGGAGGUUUUGAGGACUAAUAAUGGAAACAGCUGUCGCCAGGCUGAAACUCUGACCGCAUUCCCAACAAAUCGAGCCGUCGUGGCGUGUUGAGCAAGACGUGCUUUGGAUCUUUUCGAGAAUCGACUUCCCUCGAUGGGAAUUUCCUGGACAAACUGGUUCAGAACGGACCGGUUGCAGCCCGACACCUGUGGUGCCGGCUCAGCUCGCCACAUGAGCUCCACGAAAGGCCAGGAUCAGCAGGAAUACAGGACAGGAGAUGGAUACUACUAUCCCAAGCGCAAUGGAAUCACCAGAGCUGCUUCAUUGUUCAGUGAGAGGAGUCAGUUGACUCUAUUCCCUCACGUUUGAACUGGUUGAACUGGGAACGGAGGCUCUGAUGUCUUCUAUCCAAGUCUAUGAACUUUACAACCUCAAAUAAGAGCAACGCAGAUGGUGUAUGAGAAAAAACACAUGCUGCAUGAUACUUGAAAAUGUAUUUGCCAAAACGUGUUAAAUGUCACUGUUGCACUGAUCAAUUGCACAGAAGAAUAUGUAUUGAUAAUAUUAAUUUAAGAAGGACUUGAUGGACUGAUAUCAUAUGAAGCUGAUUUCAGUGUUCAUUGGUUGCAAUAAACAUGCAAUUGUUUAAA